GGACUGUUAGGGUCCCCAAAGGCCCUAACAGUCCUUCACAAAUUGGUACUAAUGUCUAUCUACAGCUUUAGUUUUUGCUCUUCUCUCCUUUAUUCCAGCUACACACAAGGCAUUUGUAAUUGCUCUCUGCCUUCUUGGAAUGCUCUUCCCUUCUACACAUAACUAACUCCUACUUCUUUCAAUUUCCAGCUCACAGGCAUCUCAGCUAUGCAAGAGCCUUCAUGUAAUUCACCCACUCAGUGAAGAAGUCUUUUGUAUCAUUUCAGAUCACACCACCCAAAUUGCUGCCUCUUGGUGACAACCUCAUGACUAACAUACACAAUGUGACUGAAUUCAUUUUUCUGGGACUUUCUCCCAACCAGGAGGUGCAGAGGGUUUGCUUUUUGAUAUUUCUGUUCUUGUACACAGCAAUUGUGCUGGGGAAUUUCCUCAUUGUGCUCACUGUCACAACCAGCAGAAGCCUUGGUUCCCCCAUGUACUUCUUCCUCAGCUGCCUCUCCUUCGUGGAGAUCUGCUACUCUUCCACUACAGCCCCCAAGCUCAUCUCGGAUCUGCUGGCUGAAAGGAAAGCCAUGUCUUGGUGGGGCUGCAUGGCACAGCUUUUCUUCUUGCACUUCUUUGGUGGCACUGAGAUUUUCCUGCUCACUGUGAUGGCCUAUGACCGCUAUGUGGCCAUCUGCAAGCCCCUCAGCUACGCCACCGUCAUGAACCGGCAGGUGUGUGCUGUCCUUGUAGGAACAGCAUGGGUGGGAGGCUUUGUGCAUUCAUUUGCCCAAAUCCUUCUCGUCUUCCACUUGCCCUUCUGUGGCCCCAAUGUGAUCAACCACUAUUUCUGUGACCUGCUUCCCCUUCUCAAACUUGCCUGCUUUGACACCUUCCUCAUUGGUCUGCUGAUUGUUGCCAAUGGAGGCACCCUGUCUGUGGUCAGUUUUGGGGUCCUCUUAGCAUCCUAUAUGGUCAUCUUGCUCCAUCUGAGAACCCAGAGCUCUGAGGGGCGGCGCAAAGCCCUCUCCACCUGUGGGUCCCAUGUUACCGUGGUUAUCUUGUUCUUUGGACCCUGCAUCUUCAUCUACCUGAGGCCUUCUACCACUCUGCCUAUAGACAAGGUGGUGGCUGUGUUCUACACAGUGAUAACCCCCUUCCUGAACCCUGUCAUCUACUCCCUGAGAAAUGCUGAAAUGAAGAAGGCCAUGAAGAGGCUGUGGAUUAGGACACUGAGACUAAAUGAGAAAUAGAGGCUGAGUCUUGUUAUUGAUACUUGGGUUUAGAAUGACUGUUGAGCCCAAACCGGAGGAGCAGAAUAGGUUGAAGGAAAGUUCACAGGACCUGUUAGUUCCAGAUUAUUCUACCUGGCCUCUCUCUUUAAAAAGUUCAUUUUCAUAAUUUGAGUAAUAUUUCCUUUUGUGGAAGUACUAACUUUUUUACCACCAUAAACAACACUGUAGUAAAUAUUCUUGAACAGACAUCUUCAACCAUACUUCUGACUUUCUUUUAGGCUUAUUUCCUAGAGUGAAUUUAGUGUUAGAGUGUAAAGACCUUUGGUGCACAGUGUUACAUUGAGUCACCUAUCUUGUGAAAGUGCUCUUGACAGAAUAGAAUCCUGUCAUUAAACACUUUUUUUUUGGAUAAGAAAUAUGAUUUUACAUUGUUUCAAAGUAUCUUUCCUCAGGAUACCUAGGGGUGUUAAUUACAAAUAGAAAAAUGUAACUUUAUAGCCCCUCCCCUCUAAACAAUUGCCCAAAGUUAAUAUCACCAGAAAUGAGACCCAUUGAUGCCAUGUGCCUCUUGAUAUGGUACAUGGGAGAGACACACAAUAUCAUUAUUGUGCUAUUCUUACCAAGAAUAUAUAACCUGAGUCUAAUCAUAAAAAAACACAAGGAAAGCCCAAACAAAGAACAUUCUGCAAAAUUACUGUCCUUCAGUCUUCACAUGUGUAAAGAUAAAGAAAGAAGGAAGAAUUACUCAAGAUAAAAAAUAGGUGACAAGUAAAGGCAACAUGUGAUCCUGGAUUGGGUCUUGGAUAUUAGAUAAAGGACAUUUGUGGGACAAAACUCUGUAAAUGAGAUAAUAAAAUUACAUGAGUGUUAAUUUCCUGAGUUUGAUCAUUGUACUGUGUUUGUCUCAAAUCAUGUUCUUGGA